AGUUAAGUAUCGAUAAGUUAUCAAUAGACCACUCUAUCUGAACCUUGUUAUGUUUUGGUAAAUUUAUUACAUUUUUUGGUUAGAAUUGAAAUAAUUAUGAAUUUAAAUAUAUCCAGCCUUGGAAAGUAUGUCUGGAAAUCGCAAAACCUAGCUGGUUAUGGAUAUCAGCAAGUAAGAAACAAGUGGGUUAACUGGAUGAUGGUUCGUGAUGUGAAAAGGCGACGUAUGAGCGCUGAGAACUUUCUGGAAAGAACUAGAGUCAACGCAUUGAGGAAAAACGAUGUACUGCCUGUCGAAAUUAGGGAGAUAGCUGACAAGGAAAUUGCAAAGUUUGAAUUGAAUACCCAACCCAUGAGAAUAAACAAUAGAUGCGUUAUUACUUCAAGGCCCAGAGGUAUAGUAAAAGAGUGGCGCAUGAGCCGCAUUGUGUGGCGCCAUCUAGCUGAUUACAAUAAGUUGUCAGGAGUCCAGCGAGCCAUGUGGGGAUAAUUUUAUUGUUCACAUAUUUAUUUGUAUAGUAGGAUUAUUUCAAUAAAUUUUAGUUGUUACCUA